UUGCAGGUGUCAAAGACUGCUCGGUUUGAUUUCGGAGGGCACUUGUUGAGUCCAAAUUCAGUGAUUCCGGUUUAUCAGGGUUUGCACCAUCAUGGCGAAGAGCCAGCAUUAGCGGGUUACACGACGGAUGAGCUGAUGCUGAUGUGUCGUUCUGAGAACGUAGGUCAACGAACCAUAGCUUGCAAUACUCUUGCGAAAAUACUCACUUUGGCAAAAUUGGGAAUUUACGACAGUUGUUUCGAUAUGCCAUUAAUCCAGUCGCUUAUCAACAGCUCUAUAAUACCGUUAAUUCGAGUUGGACUGGACGAUCAUUCGGUAUCCGUGCUUAUAAGUAACACCAUAUUGUUGGAGUCGUUGCUGCACUCUUCGCUUGACGAGAUAAGUUGUGAUCGCGUGGCUGAAUGGUGGGGCGGUAUUUUGCAACCUUCGUUAACGCCGUCGGUGCUUGCAGAAAAUGUUCAAGUGGCAAUGGACGAUGACGCCCUGGCUAAAGUCGACGUUGUAAAGGUUCGUUGUUUUCAUCUAUUCGUUCAUUCGGCUUCAACUUGCUCCUGAAA